CUCAUUUCUCUUCUAAGAUUGAAAGAAAAACAAUCAGACGAUUCCUGAUAUGACAAGCAUAAAAUGGAUAUUCUCAGUUAUCCAUUUUAUUAUCAUCCUUCAACUCACAACAGUAAGCAGCAGCAGCAAAGAUGUAUGUCGAAGUUUUUCAUGUGGACACUUACAAAUCCGGUUUCCAUUUUACUUAAAGGAUAGGCCGCAACAUGACUACUGCGGAUAUUCUGGUUUCGAAUUAUCCUGCACAAAACAUAAGAAAACAGAGAUUGAGCUACCAUUUUCAGGGGCAUUCUAUGUAAGAAACAUCAACUAUACAUCACAAAUUAUGGAAAUUUAUGAUCAAAACCGUUGCCUCCCAAAAAAAUUUGGUAUAGGUUUUAAUCUCCUUGGUACUCCUUUCAAAAUGCGAGAAUAUAAGAAUUAUACCAUCUUCAAAUGUUUGAGGGACGUGGAAGAUAGCUAUGGAUAUGAUGAUAAAAGAAGAAUCAUAGAUUGUCUAAGUACUCCUAGUUGGAAGUACACAGUUAUUGCACUCGAUCAAGAUAUACCAACUGCACCCUAUUUACCGAGCCAUUGUGACGUAAUGGCAGCUUCAGUUUCAUGGCCAAUAGGGCCCGGGUCUUCAUACUAUGCUGAUAUUUAUAGUUUGAAUCUGGGAAGUCUUACCAUGAGGUGGGAUCAGCCAAAAGAAUGCGUUCGUUGUGAAAUUGGUGGACGGAUCUGCGGAUACCAAAAUCAGACCACUGGUCAUCCCAUUGAAUGUUUCGAAAAACCCAAAGAGGAACCACUAGGAAUGAAGAUAGCAGGACAGAAGAUACCAAUAAGUGUCAGUUUUGGAAUAUUUGUUUUUGUAUUUUCCGGGAUGAUCAUCGUACUCAUAAAAAUACGCAGAAAAGCAGAUAAGGAAGAAAAAGAAAAGCAGUUGAAGAUUGAACAGUUCUUGGAAAUGAAUGCUCUGAAGCCCACUAGAUAUAGUCAUGCUGAAAUAAAGAAGAUGACCAACAAAUAUGAGACCAAAUUAGGCCAAGGAGGAUAUGGGAGUGUAUUCGAGGGCAUGCUUACUAAUGGUAUACAAGUAGCAGUUAAAGUUCUCGACAAUACAGAAGGAAGCAAUAAUGGAGAAGAAUUUGUCAAUGAAAUUGCCACUAUAGGUAGAAUUCAUCAUCUAAAUGUCGUGUGCCUCUUGGGAUUCUGCGUUGAAGGAUCUACUCGAGCUCUUAUUUACGAAUUUAUGCCAAAUAGUUCAUUAGACAAAUUCAUAUUUUCAACCGAAAAAGAUAAGACGCUGGUAAAACUUGGUUGGGCAAAACUUCAAGAAAUUGCUACCGGCAUCGCUCAUGGUAUGGAAUAUCUUCACCAAGGUUGUGAUCAGCGCAUUCUACAUUUCGAUAUCAAACCUCAAAAUAUCCUGCUAGAUCACAACUUUACUCCGAAAAUCUCCGACUUUGGUCUAGCAAAGCUAUGUACCAAAGAUACUUUUGUCACGGUUUCUAUGGCUGCUGCUAGAGGAACAAUGGGUUAUAUUGCCCCUGAAGUUUUCUCUAGAAACUUUGGUGCUGUAUCGUACAAAUCAGACGUGUAUAGUUUUGGAAUGUUGUUACUUGAAAUGGUUGGAGGAAAGAAGAAUACACAAAUUAAAAUGGAAACAGGGAAUGAUGAAGAAUAUUUCCCAGAAUGGGUGUAUAACCGUUUGAACCGUGGGGAGGAUUUAGGAAUUCAAGUUGAAGAAGAAGGUUUGGAUAUUGUAAAAAAAUUAACAAUGGUGGCACUCUGGUGUAUUCAGUGGAACCCGAUUGACCGUCCUUCUAUGAAUGGUGUCCUUCAUAUGCUAGAAGGGAAUGCCCAAAGUUUGCUCAUGGCACCUAACCCUUUCGCCUCGAGGACUUCAGUUUCAAGUACUUCAAGGGAUAAUCAUACAAAUGAGACUGAAUUAACACCCAUCUUAGAAGACUACGAGUGAAGAUAAUGCAAUAAAACAUAUGUAAUGCAACAUUGUUUUCACUUUGAAUAAAUUAUACCAUUACAUGUAUACUGCAAAUAGAUUAAGAUAAUUUUUUGUAAUCUGUUUGUCAAGUAAUUGAAAGGUUACAAAAUGUGGUAUUGAA